AUGCGCGCAAACGAGGGCAAGAAACCCAUCGCACUUAUAGAUGCGGACCACUACAUAAUAAACUACAGAAGCACCAUAACGACGUAUGUGCAAAACAUCUGCAACAAUCUGCUGAAGGGGAAUGGGGACUCAUCAGAUGAUGCUAACAACGAGUGGGAUGCCAAGAGGAGGGAACGGAUCAUCUGCGUUUUCAUGUUCAGCAUGUAUCUUAGUAACAUCCACAGGAAUUUAAACCUGUUCGGUUACUUGCAUGACGUGUUGAUAAAGUAUAGCCAACUGAUGGGGAGAAGCAGGGCCAGCCAAGGAGAGACAGAAAGGGGUGAGGACAACAAGGUGGAGAAGCGGCGUCAUGAAGAGGCGAAUGAAAUGACCCUAGGUGGAGAGGCAUCUCAACAGAUGGAGGAGAGACAGAAACAGACGGUAAUGGAACCCCCUGCCGAACAGCAUAUAGGAAAGGAGGAGGGGAAAGGCCCCACUCGAGAUGGGAACCGCGGCGAACCGGGAGACAUCUCCCCCUUCAUGCACGACCUGAUAAAAGACAAAAACUACGUCAACAUGGAUAACGUGAUCGAGUCGAAAAUGUGCUUUUUAAAUAUAAAGAAUAAAGGGAAGAAUGCGAGGGGGUCUUCUGAAUCGUUAAGAGAUGCCUUCGGCGCGGAAGGGCACACGUGUGCAACUGAACUGAGCAGCAACUCGAGGAUGGGCGGGACGGGUCUGGGCUACGCGGCCAAGGGGAGCGCCACUAGUGACAGCGAUGAGGAUGCCGCGGGGGAAGCGGAGGAAGCGCAGGAAGCAGAAGACGUGGAAAACCCCAUGGAAGGCGUCGCUGAUAACUCCGCUGACAACUCCGCUGAGAAGCCCGCCGAGUGCGGCGCGCACCCCGGGGCGGCCGACGAAGCGAGUCUGGAGGACCCGCGAGACGACUCCUUCCACGAAUCGCAAGGGAGCACCUACCGCUUCAGCAACUCCUCGCCAGUGUGCCAAGGUCAGAAGCAGUUCCUAAUCAACUACAGUAGUGUGCACCUGAAGGUGAAAAAUUUCGACAGCCUACUCUGUGUGGAAAAUUUUUUAGUGGAACAAAAAAAAAAACAAACAAGCAAAGAAAAUUUCUCGAAGGAAGUAGAAAACCUGUACAGAAUAAUUGUGCUGUCCAAAUUACACAUAGGAGUCUACACCUUUUUAAACUUUUUAAAAAAAAAAAAAUAUUUUUUUAUAUUUUUCAGUUCCAAUAAAAAGUUAACACAGACACUAUUCAGGUAUUUUAAAAUUUCAAAGCAUUUUAAAAAUUGUUACAAAAUAAUUGACUCAUUUGAGGAAAUGAAAAAAAUUGGAAACGCAGAUAAGGAUGUGCUCAUAUUUAGUAAUCGUGAAUGUUUUGUAAAUUCCGCAAAAAGGGAGGGAUAUUUUAAAGUUGCAGGGGGAAAGAAAAAUCCCUCCAUGGCAACAAACUGUGAUGAUGUCAACUGGGAUGUGUUAACACAAAAGGAAAAUCUCCUUUCAAAUACUUCUGACUACAUUUCGAAUAAAUACAACGACGUUGUGUAUCCCUUUCUGCGGAAUUGCAACUUAACAGAGGACAUACUCUCAUGGCGCAUUUUUUACAUUUUUAAAAAAUAUAUGUACAUACACGGAACAGUGGUCAAAGGAUUUGGAAGAGGCAGUAAAUACCUGAACAUCCCCACGGCCAACAUUUCCUACUCCAAUUUAACAUCCACCGAUAUUAUGCCUGGCAUAUACUUUGGCAUUUCCAAAUUGAAAAAAAAAAUUUACAAAACGGUGGUUUCAAUUGGCUAUAAUCCAUUCUUUGAAAAUAAACACAUAACUAUAGAGGCCUUUUUAUACUACAAAACGAAUACCCUAUUUUAUGAUGAGGACAUCCAUUUGAUUAUCGUUGGCAUUCUUCGAAGCGAAAGCAACUUCUCCUACUUCUCCCACCUCAUUCAUGCCAUCCAGUUCGACUGCGAACUCGCGCGCAUCAUUCUCAGCAAGCUUCAGGAUGACGAGCAGUUUGUCCGCUGCAGGGACUACCUCCAGUCGUUGUAAAGACGUAGCAGCGGUGGGAGCGGUGGAAGCGGGGUAGAUGCUGCGCAGAUGCUGCGUGCAGGGCGUGCGCCACAUCCCAAUGUGCAACAUCCCUCCCCUUUGCACCACCCUGCUGAAAAAAUAACCAUCAAACAAAUGGGGGAUGUAGAAAGAAAAAAGAAAACACUCCAGCGUAGGGCACCCUCCUAACGAGUUCCCAACCCAUGUUAGCAAAACAGUCCCAUUGGUGUGAACUGGCAAGAAGAUGCACAAGCGCUGUUCCUCCACGUGUCCCAUUUUUACUAUACCACCGUUCCGUAGCUUCAGAGGGGCAUUCGCGUGUGCGUAGCGGCAUGUGUAAAUGGUUUCCAUCGCUUCAUUUGGUUAUACGCCUAUUCAUCAAUUGGUCAAUUGGUCAGUUCGUCAAUUCGUUUAUUUAUUUUCCCACCUGUGCAGACCGCUUCUGUCGUCUGCCCCUCAAGGUGUUUAACCGAUUUGCCAAUUUUGUAAGUCACCGCGUUUUUCUUUCCUUUCCUUUUGUUAUUUUAUUUUAUUUUUUUUUUCUGUAACACUAUCCCUGCGUGCGGGCGCACGCGAGAUGAACGAAUGGAAGCGACUUGGUCGCAAGAUAACCGCAAACCUCAACGCACACGUUUAUGUAUAUAUAUCUAUAUGCACGUUGUGUGCCCAGCCUAUGCCGCACAGCUGGUGCUGCCACCAGCCAUGGGCGGGUAAACAGGGCCGCCUUGAAAAUGCAAGAGAAAAUAAAAGAGGCAAUUUCGUGGCCGCCACACACGUAAAGAUGGUUGCAUUGGGUAAAACAUCGAAGAUUUGCGGUCAACCCGUUUAGGAUUCCUCAAAAGGGAUAUGCAUCAAUGCAGCUAGGGCCUCUCCCUUUUAUCGUUUUUUUUUCCACCACUCCGACAUCGCCAUUUUGGAGAAUUGGAUAUCCCCAAUUUUGCGCAAAGGGGAGGCAACAAAUGGAGCCCCUCUUGGCGCGUAUUCGUAUAUAAUAUAUUUGUUUCGCUAAGUGGAGAUUUUUUUUUUUUUCAAUUCUCCCACGUUAUGCGCACAUAAUACAUAGUAGCACCAAAACGGGGAAUCAAAGAAGCAAUCUGUUUGUAAACGAAGCUGUUCGCACUUUGUUAGCCACUUUGGAGUUAAAAUGAUUUCCUUUUUUUUCUGCUCCCCACAGGGUUGUUGCUUACCUACAUUUAGCUU